GUGACGGUGACUACCAGUGUGAGUGUACUGGUGUUCCUGGUGACUUGGACGGUGUCUUGAGUAGUGAACCUCGCGCUGUGUACCUCACCUACACUCCAUCAACACAUAUACACUGGGUGUUGCUUAACCACUACACCCCUUCAACAGAUGGUGGAGAUCAGCUGGCGCCGUGGUGCUGGUGUCUUGGUGCUGCUGACCUUCCUCACAGCAGAAUGCCAACAGCAACAGCAGGAGCAGUCUGCGGCACGCACAGCUCAGUACAGCAGACGCUUCCCAACCACACAGGUGCUGGGAGGCGCCCAAAGAUUUCGACAAGCCCUCAGAAUUCAAGACAUUCGUCACAGACCUCCACAGACCACACAGCAUCAUAACAAAUUGUCGUCGAAGGGAUCUGAGGAUCCACAGAUCAGUCAUCACAGACUCACAGGCCAGCCUGAGGCCCAACAGUCCAACCCUCCAAGACUUGCAGACAGUUUACAACCUCCAAAACAGUGGCUACCAGUAGAAGAAAGACCUCAAGAAGUCCAAAGUCUCUCAGAAUCUCAAAGACCGUCAGGAUUCCCAAAAGCUCAAGGGCCUUUAAAGGCUUCUGGAACUCCAAGAGCUCCAGGGCCUUCGAAGGCACCUGGAACUCCAAGAGCUCCAGGGCCUUCGAAGGCUUCUGGAGCCCCAAGAGCCCCGGGAACCCCGAGACUUCCAGAAUACCCAAAUGCCCCAACGCUACACGAUGGCCCACGUGCCCCCGAGACCCUGGAAGCUCCCGAGGGCCAAGUAACUUCUCAAAGCCCAAGACGUCCUGGAAACUUGGGAUUCCCCGAUGUUCCCAGAGUUCCCCAAGUACCCAAUCACCUGCCUCUAGACUUAACUAAUCGCUUACAAGAGUUCCCCACUCUGGCAGAGUCCUUGCAAGCGGCACCGCAUGCGGCUUCCAUGCACUCCUUCUUCGAACCCACGAUACAGGUGGAGGAGGAGGAGCUGAGUGAAGGUGAGUGGCAGGAGUACCUGCACUCUGAGUGGGGCAGUGACGGUGUGGUGCCUCGCCUCAUCUCAACACCACCACCCUAUGUUGUCAAUGUUAACUACGGCAGUCACCAGUGCGUUCACCUGGGGAACACCAUCACUCCAGCACACUCUGCACACAAGCCUAAGUUGCUAGAGUUCCCAGGUGAGGCUGGUGGUGUGUACACAGUAUUGAUGGUGGACCUGGAUGUUACAACCUCACCAUACAUCAACUGGCUACUGAUCAACGUACCCACAGACCACAUCAAUAAAGGUACUGAACUGGUGGAGUACGAGGGUCCUCGACCUGCACAAGACUCAGGUCACCACCGUCUGGUGUUCCUGGUCUACCUGCAGCACUCUACCCUUCCACCCAACACUGCUGGCCUACCCUCCGCCAGAUCAUGUCAGACGUCAGGUCGCGAGGGAGUUGACCUGAGCCAGCUGACCAGAGACCUGGCACUCAGGGGACCUGUUGCUGGAAAUUACUUCCUCUCAGAGUGGGAUGUAACUGUCGAACACACCUGCACUCAGUCAUGACACACCUGUACUCAGUCAUGACACACCUGCACGUUCAGUAAUAUAUAUGUCUUGCCGAACAGAAAAAAAAAUCUUGCGAUUUUGGCUUAAAUAGCAACGCUCUUCUUGCCGAAUAAGGCAAGCAAAAAUUUGUGUAUGCAAUAUUUUCGCAAAACUCAUUGUGAACCUAACGAAAAAAAUAUAAUUCAUUGUGUUUGUUUAUUAUUAAAUUAUUGUAAACUUAUCUAAAAUAUAUUUAGUUGGAUUAGGCUAUAUUAAAUUGCGCUUGUUAUAAUAAGGUUAGGUAAGUUUUCUAAGGUUCUUUUGGUACAAAAUUAUUAAUUUUUACAUUAACAUAAAUAAAAAAAUAUAUCUUUAAAACGUAUAAGAGAAAAUUUU